AGAGAGAGAGAGAGAGAGAGAGAGAGAGAGAGAGAACAGCUGCUCUCUAGAUAUGAAAGCCUAAGAAAUAGGAAAAUAUUCUGAGCAGGAGGCAGCCCCUGGGGGAGAAAGAGAAAGGGAGGAGGGCACGUAAGUGGCCGCGCACUCCACACUCUCUCUCGCUCCGACCAACAGGAGGAGAGGCUGCGCAGGGGGUGUGUGUAUGAGGCGGAGGGAGGGCGAUAGUAGGGGCGGGGAGAAGUCGGGCGCCGGGGCUCCUCCGGCUUCCCUCGGCUGCCUCUCUGUCUCCUUUUUCCCGGUGAGCUGAGCAGCAGAGAAUGAGGCACAACUUCAAGGGCACCGGAGGGGAGAGUGGCUCGCAUUUCUUCUCCCUCCGCGAGCUACUGCUGUUGCUACUCUGCCCUUAUCCUGAUCUCAGCGGGCGGGUGCGAGUGCCAGUGGCUGUGUGAGUGAGUGCCUGUAUGUGAGUGUUUGUGUGUGUGUGUGUGAGUGAGUGCCCGUGUGUGUGUGCGCGAGUGAGUGCCUGUGUGUGUGUGUGUAUGUGUGUGUGUGCUUGCCUGCGCGCGCGCUCGCGUGUGUAUUUCCUCUCCUCCCGCACAUAGGGAUUUGCCGCUGCCGCAGCCGCGGUUCGCCUCUGCCGCUGCUGCUCUAGCCCGCUGUGCAUGGGGAGUCUUUCUGGGGUGUCUGGCUUUGUGUUUCCCCAACAAACAUGAUCAAGGCUAUCUCUUCCUGAUCGGGAUCUAUUUAAAGGAGGGAGCGAGGCGUGUUUCCUACUAGCGAGGAGAAACGCACCCUGGAAGGAAAAAAAAAAAAGCAAUCACACCCCCCAAAACCAGGUUGGGAGACUUGGAAAUUUAUUCAAGCAGCAACCAUGAUGAAAUUAAAUCAUUCGCCAACCCUUCCACUGGGAUAUUUACUAAGCUCUGUGGCUCUCUUGCUUUUCCACCUGGACAAAAUAAGUGCUGAAACUGAAGGUGAAGGAACUGGAAAUGAUACAAAUGAAUGUACUGGCUCUUAUUAUUGUAAGAAGGGUGUGAUUUUGCCCAUAUGGGAGCCCCAAGAUCCUUCCUUUGGAGAUAAAAUUGCUAGAGCUACUGUGUAUUUUGUGGCCAUGGUCUACAUGUUCCUGGGGGUAUCUAUCAUUGCUGAUCGAUUCAUGUCCUCAAUAGAAGUCAUCACAUCGCAAGAAAAAGAAAUAACCAUAAAGAAACCCAAUGGAGAGACCACCAAGACCACAGUGAGGAUUUGGAAUGAGACAGUAUCCAACCUGACACUGAUGGCUUUGGGCUCCUCAGCACCUGAGAUUCUCCUUUCUGUGAUUGAAGUUUGUGGCCAUAACUUUACUGCUGGAGAUCUUGGUCCCAGCACCAUUGUUGGAAGUGCUGCGUUCAAUAUGUUCAUCAUCAUAGCUCUCUGUGUCUAUGUGGUUCCUGAUGGAGAGACAAGGAAGAUUAAACAUUUGCGAGUGUUCUUCGUGACUGCAGCAUGGAGCAUCUUUGCCUAUACCUGGCUUUAUAUGAUUCUGUCUGUCAUAUCACCAGGGGUUGUAGAAGUCUGGGAAGGUUUGCUUACUUUCUUCUUCUUCCCCAUCUGCGUUGUAUUUGCUUGGGUUGCAGACAGAAGGCUUCUGUUUUACAAAUAUGUCUACAAGAGGUAUCGAGCUGGCAAGCAAAGGGGAAUGAUUAUUGAGCAUGAAGGAGACAGGCCCCCUUCCAAAGCCGAAAUUGAAAUGGAUGGAAAAGUGGUCAACUCUCAUGUCGAUAACUUCUUGGAUGGUGCUCUCGUUUUGGAAGUUGACGAGAGGGACCAAGAUGAUGAAGAGACUAGGAGGGAAAUGGCCAGGAUCCUGAAGGAAUUGAAACAGAAACACCCAGAAAAAGAAAUUGAGCAGUUAAUAGAACUAGCCAACUACCAAGUCCUGAGUCAACAGCAGAAGAGUCGUGCAUUCUACCGUAUCCAAGCUACCCGUCUGAUGACUGGAGCUGGCAAUAUUUUAAAGAGACAUGCUGCGGAUCAAGCCAGAAAAGCUGUCAGCAUGCAUGAAGUCAAUAUUGAAAUGGCAGAAAAUGACCCGGUCAGUAAGAUCUAUUUUGAGCAGGGGGCUUAUCAGUGCCUUGAAAAUUGUGGCACAGUGGCCCUCAAUAUUAUCCGUAGAGGGGGUGAUUUGAGCAACACUGUUUUUGUUGACUUCCGAACAGAAGAUGGCACAGCCAAUGCAGGUUCUGAUUAUGAAUUUACUGAAGGUACUGUGGUCUUUAAACCUGGAGAGAGUCAAAAGGAAAUCCGUGUUGGCAUUAUUGAUGAUGAUAUUUUUGAAGAAGAUGAGAACUUCCAUGUGCACCUCAGCAAUGUCAAAGUAACAUCAGAGGCUUUGGAAGAUGGAAUCCUGGAGGCUAAUCAUAUUGCCUCUCUUGCUUGCCUGGGCUCUCCCUCUACUGCCACUGUCACUAUUUUUGAUGAUGAUCAUGCAGGCAUCUUUACCUUUGAGGAGCCUGUGACACAUGUGAGUGAGAGUGUUGGCAUCAUGGAGGUCAAAGUGUUAAGAACAUCUGGAGCACGAGGAAGUGUUAUUGUUCCCUACAAAACAAUUGAAGGAUCAGCUCGAGGUGGAGGAGAAGACUUUGAGGAUACCUGUGGAGAGCUGGAAUUCCAGAAUGAUGAAAUAGCCAAAACAAUAUCAGUCAAGGUAAUUGAUGAUGAGGAAUAUGAGAAAAACAAGACCUUCUUUCUUGAGAUUGGAGAGCCCCGACUGGUGGAGAUGAGUGAGAAGAAAGCCCUGUUGUUGAAUGAGCUUGGUGACUUCACUUUAACAGGAAAAUCCCUCUAUGACCAACCUGUCUUCAGGAAAGUCCAUGUUAGAGAGCGUCCACUUCCCUCUACUAUAAUCAACUUUGCAGAGGAGUGUGAUGACAAGCAGCCCCUGACCAGCAAAGAGGAAGAGGAACGCCGCAUUGCAGAAAUGGGGCGCCCAAUCCUUGGAGAACAUACCAAACUGGAAGUUAUCAUUGAAGAGUCCUAUGAGUUCAAGAGUACUGUGGACAAACUUAUUAAGAAGACAAACUUAGCUCUCGUGGUGGGGACGAACAGCUGGAGAGAACAGUUCAUUGAAGCGAUCACCGUCAGUGCUGGGGAAGAUGAUGAUGAUGAAGAAUGUGGAGAGGAGAAGCUGCCUUCAUGCUUCGAUUAUGUGAUGCACUUCCUGACCGUGUUCUGGAAGGUCCUGUUCGCCUUUGUCCCACCCACAGAGUACUGGAAUGGUUGGGCGUGCUUCAUUGUGUCCAUCCUCAUGAUCGGCCUCCUGACAGCUUUCAUUGGUGACCUGGCAUCUCACUUUGGCUGCACCAUUGGCCUAAAGGAUUCAGUGACAGCAGUGGUGUUUGUUGCCCUAGGAACUUCAGUGCCAGACACAUUUGCAAGCAAAGUGGCGGCCACACAGGACCAAUAUGCAGAUGCAUCCAUUGGCAAUGUCACCGGCAGCAAUGCAGUGAAUGUGUUUCUGGGGAUUGGUGUCGCCUGGUCCAUUGCUGCCAUCUACCACGCAGCCAACGGAAAAGAAUUUGAGGUCUCCCCUGGCACACUAGCCUUUUCUGUCACCCUCUUCACUAUUUUUGCUUUCAUCAAUGUUGGGGUACUGCUGUAUCGACGGAGACCGGAGAUUGGAGGUGAGCUGGGUGGGCCCCGGACUGCCAAGAUCCUCACGUCCUCACUUUUUGUCCUCCUGUGGCUCUUGUACAUUUUCUUCUCUUCCCUGGAGGCCUACUGCCACAUAAAAGGCUUCUAAAAGAACAAUCAGAUAUAGUAAAUUUAUAUAUAUAUAAAUAUAUAUAUAAAGAUGUAUGUAUAAUGAACAGAGGAAACUGACACUUGUCAAGUCCACUUACCUGCUGAUGGAAUCCAGUUUCAAGAGCAUACUUUGUACGAGGGCAGAGAUAAGAGAGCCACCAAGUUCUUAUCCCAAGGGGCGCCAUCAUGUUGAACGAGGCAUGGAUGCAGGGCCAUCUUUGCAACUCUACCUAGAAGGGUGUACUCUUGAGAUUGAUAGACUACUUUUUUGGGUUUUUGUUUUUAAAAAUGACUGAUCUAAGUGCAACAUGGGCUUUCAGUUAUCAAUUAAAAUCAACCAGAUUACUUUUUUUUAAUUAAGCAUCUGGGCAAAGGAGGGGGUAUGGAAGAGGAAAAUGGGGUCAGGAGGGGGCGUUCAUUACUUUCUUACAAAAUACCAUGUUUAUCUUCAGAACUUAUGCAGAGGCAAAUCUGUUUCCCGGAAGAAAUGUGUGAGUAUAUACUGGAAAAGGACACGUAAAGGAUUCUGGGUUCAGAUGAUAUCCUAGCCACCCAAUGGGAGGCACUCUGCCAUCCUUACAUUAAUUCCUCAUUCCUAUUCAAUAAUUAUAAUGAUAACUUUUUUAGAUUCUCAAAGAAAAAAUCAUGACAAUUUAGUCCUCUCUUCUUAGCCUGACUAGCAUUAACACAGCCCCUUCCACCACCCAGUGCCCCUAGUUCCCUCCUCCAGUGUCCUUCUCCCACCAAAAUCAUAAUGAUUAGUAUCAUUAUAGCUUUCCAAGAGCACACCAUUCUUUCCAUUUGCAUAUCAUAAACCUCCAUCCAAACCAUCUGUCCUUCAGCAGUCUCUUUGUGGCCCUUGUAAGAACUAUCUUGUCAGUUUUAUUUUUGGUAACACCCAAGUCCUACCCAAUCUCAGUGCAGCCUUUUCUCAACAUUUGCUUCUUCCUCAUACUCCUGUUAGGGAAUGUUGUUCUGAUACUUCUUACACUGUGCAUGGAUUGAAAAAAAAAGAAAAAAAAGAAAAAAAUCUGUAUAUAGUAUAGUAUAACAAAAACUGUUAUUCCAUUCAGCAAUGUUGUUCGAAUUUUGAAGACAUGAGUGAGAGGUUUUUUGUUUUUGUUUUUUUUUUCACCUGUUUUUUUGUUUUUAUGUUGUAAUUGGAUUUGACUAUUGGAGUUAAGAGAAAAAAAUGGCUUAUUCUUUCAUGGAUCUGCACAUCAAUUUCUAAGAAGCAAUAAUUGACCAGGGAAGUUAUAGCUGUUGUUGGGGAGCCACCAAACAAAUCUCAAAGUAUCUGUGUAGAUUGUCAGGCUGUACAGAACUCCGAACCAAAGCACAUAAUAAUCACCAAAUUACUUUGAUGAGAGACAACAUAAAGAUCAACAAAUGAGUGAGGUGUGCCUAGGCUUUGAAAGCAUAUGGUUUUCCCAACAGUUUUUAUUUCAUAUUCUUUCUAUCUGGCAUAGAUGGCAGAAAUACUGAGGGAAGGGAUCAAAAUCUCUUUGGGAUUUGGUUUUUAUUUUUUUUGCAAGGCUAGGUCAGGUUCCAUUUUUCUUACCAUGUAUACCACUUUGUACCUCCGGUGAGGCAAUGGGGCAAGAAAGACUAAUAAGCCUUUCAAUGAGUACUUCAUCUCUAAAGAGUCAAAUAACACAGUAGGAAGUUGAGAGGUUUUAACCCUUUAAAUGGCAUGGUUCUUUUAGUUUGAAAGAACCUAGAGAAGAAAAUGAUAUCAUGAUGAAUGAAUGACUUGGCCAUGCAUCAUGAAUAGCUUUUCAUAAAAAGACACCUUAAGCCUAGGAAAUUAUUGGCCAUUUGCAUUAGUCUCAAAGUAUUAAGAUGAUAAAGUCUGGAUGUAUAUUUGUUAAACAUUUUUUCCUCAUUUUCACUUUAGUAAUCUUGUCAAAACAUACAAAAGUAAUUUAAGAGUUAAAAACAACUCAGAGAGACAGGUCUACCUUGAGAUCCCAUAUUUGAUAAAAGGGGGAAAAAGUCAUGUUCCAAUUUAAAGGAACACUAAAUCAGUUUUGUGUUGUUUUUUUUUUAAUAUUAAUAGCAUUUUUUUCAAGCACUUCAGGUCUCUUCUUUUUUUCCUAGCAUGAAAUUGAUUCAUUAGGUUAAAAUAACCCCUCAUUUAUACCUUGCUGAAUCUGGCAAUCAAUUUUUCAUUUAAUAAACAUUAAUUAAUCACUUACUGUGUGCCAGGUACUUAAAUCAAGAGUAGGACAAGUGUGUAUGCAAGUAGAGAUUCAUGUUAGUGAUUCAAAGUAAUAAGAUGAUUCAGUUUCUGUUUUUCAUGGGCAGGAUAAGGCUGCAUUAUCCCCAGCAUCCUUCUCUCCCUCUUAUCAGUUAGACGUAUUCCUGGUACAUGACGAUCAGCGGUAAACUCAAAGGCAGCUGCCUAAAUACAAAGCUAAAAUUGAAAUUGUCAAGUAAUGAUAAUCCACAUAUGUGAGUUGUAUAAUCAGUUAAAGAUUCUUUGCACACCUUUUUAGCCAUUUUGGGAAAGAUCACAUACCCAUAGAGGAUUUUCACAAGAAAAUAUAAUGAAAUCUUUGUCAAUUUCACUUUCAAAGCCGUGGAGUGUUUUGUUUUGGGGUUUGAGGGUUUUUUGUUUGGUGUUUUUUUCCUUCUUUUUUGUUCAUUAGGGAAAACAUCAAUACUAGAAUCUGGUUGUUCAGGGUUCUUAUUAAUUAUUAUUGUUAUAUUUGUGUAAAGUUAUUUCAUUUAGUUUGUUUGAUUCUUUCAUUUUGUGUGUAUUGUGCACAGAUUUAGGAAGAGAAUGCUCUUCCUUAUAAAUGGUACACAUCAUUGACACAGAUAAAUAAAGUUUCUAAUUGUUUCUGAUUUAA